AGAUCGGAGUAGGCGAGCGAUGUCAGGCAGCGCUCAUAUGUUCAUGGGAUACCGCAUGCAGGUUAAAGUCUCAGGGGAGUUCAUCCUGCCAGACACAGGGAGGUACUCAGCCUGAGAGCCGCUGCAGAGCCGGCUUGUCCUGCUUGAUCAGUGGCCACAAGACCUGGCAUCACGGUGGACCGAGAGGGGCAGCAGGACAUUCGAAGACACAUCCGGCGCGCUCCGCUGCGGCAAUGAACGUGAUGGCCCCAGACUUCUCGGACCUGGCCGAGCCCGGCGCGUACUGCGAGAUUCCGCAGGAGGAGCACCGCGCCAUGGCCCUGCCGCAGCUCCGCCGCGUGGUGAGCCACGCGGCGCGGCGGUGCGCGGAGGAGGGCUGGACGCGCUUCGGGGAGGCGCUGGAGGCGGAUAAGGUGAACCUCUAUGAGGUGACCAGCUUUGUGAUCAAGCCCUUCACCGAGGUCAAGAGGUGUAGCUACGUGGAGAUGGUGGCUUUCCAGGAGCAGCCCGCGGCCACCUUUGUCAGCCACUGGUGGGGCGAGAGCUGCCGCGACUUCGUGGCCUGCGUGGAGCAGCACGCCCGCGACCACGGGCUGCUGGCGGAUCGGGCGGCCGAUGCCGGUGCCGGGAAUGGUGGCGCAGGCCCGGAGCAUUACUAUUGGGUCUGCGCCUAUGCCAACAACCAGUGGGAGCUGGACAAUGCGGUCACCCGCGACCCCGGGGAGUCCUCCUUCCGCCGUGCCAUGGAUCUCGCAUCCGGGGCCUUGUCUGUGGUGGACGCCAAGGCCGUGGUCUUCUCGCGCAUCUGGUGCUGUUAUGAAGUCUUUGUCGCCCUGGACAAGGUGGACACCAUGAGGACGUGCACGGAGAUCGUCGAGAUCGACAUCCCAGGAGAUGCCUUUGACGAAAUGAACUUCGAUGUGAAACCAGGAACGACAACUGUGCCGCGGGAUUUCCCACCGCUGAUCAGACAGGGAGACAUCGUGAGGCGCUGCAACGGCGCGGAGGUGACGUCGCGGGAGGCGCUGGCGGCGCAGGUGGCCAGCUGCGGGGACUCCGUGCCCCUGGUGCUGGAGCGCUCGCGCAGAUAUGCCUACAGCGUGUACACCUCGGUGCCGCAGCACACGUAUUUGCCCUUAGAGGAGCCUCGAGCAGCUGUGGGCCUUCUGAACGGCUUGGCGCCGACCGACCGGGACGUGUGGCGCAAGUCGGGCCGGGAGUCCUACUUCCCCUUGGACUUGGUGAAAUCCACGCUGGGCAUCCAAUGUGAAGACGCCUCUGCCUCCAAAGAGCUUGACCGCGUGCACAUUCUGAAUGCCAUCUGCGGGUCGGAGGACUUAGAUGCGGCGGUUCCUGAAGCACAUGCCAAGUACCAGGAGCUGAACGAGGUGCUGCGGGGUCGCCUGCUGGCGGCCACCUGGCUGCGGCUCUUGCAGGAGGGCUCCGUGGCCGAGAGAGGACGAGUCACCUUGGAGGAGGAGGGCGCCAUGUUGGCCCGCAUGGCGCCCUAUGGGCUGGCUCUCCGCAGCUCCAGGCUUCAGGUGCUGAACCUGAACUUCGAGAUGAACCUUGUCUUCACUCAUGCCGCCGCGGCGCAUCUGGCGGAGAGUCUGCCAGACACCUUGCGGGUCUUGGACUUGAACCUGCUGGGGGCCCGCUGCGGCGAGGGCGGGCGCCUGCUCUUCGCGGCCACAGCACGAAUGCCGGACUUGGAGGAGCUGAUUUCCACCGGCGAGGUGGAAGGCUGCCUAGCCGAGCUGCUACCCGGCUGCCCCAAGCUCCGCGAAAUUUCCCUGCGCGAAGGCGGCUGCACGGCCGAGACCGCCGAACUCUUCGCCCAAGCCAUCACCGAGAAGAAGUUCCCUGCGCUCCAGGUGCUGCGGUUUCACAUUGCCGGCAGCUGCCCGGAGCCGCAGAGGGAAGUGCUGAGGCGGGCAAUGCUGCAGCAGGAGGGGCGCCUGGUGUACCUGAGCUGACGUCGCUGGCGACACUUAGGGAUGCAGUGAUGUUAUAUCUGUUA